AUGGUUGAUAUUUUAAAAAUUGUUCCAACAUUAAAAACCUCUACAAAUCUUAAUAAUAGUAAUAAUAAUAAUGAUAAUAAUGAUAAUAAUACAUUAACAGCAAGUUCAAAUGGUAUAACAAGUGGUAAUAUGAAUAUAUUAAAUCAUGGUGGUAAUAAUAAUAAUAUUAACGAUGGUGAUGAUAAAAUCUUUGAAGAUAUUUCAAUUAAUAAUUUAGCAUCGUCAUCAUCAAAAACCAAUACAUUAUUACAAAGUUCAGCCUAUUUAAAAAAGAGAGGUAAUAUAUUCAUAAUUUAUACAGGUGGUACAUUAGGUAUGAAAAGAGAUCCAGUCUCUGGUACACUAAGACCUGAACCACAUUAUCUAAAACAACAAUUACAAGGUUUACCUGAAAUGAAAUCUUUAGAUAUGCCAACUUAUACAAUUACAGAGUUUGAUCCACCAAUUGAUUCAUCAGAUAUGGAACAUUCAGAUUGGAUAAAGAUUUGUCAUUUAAUAGAAAAGAAUUAUUAUGAUUAUGAUGGAUUUGUAAUAUUACAUGGUACAGAUACGAUGGCAUAUACAGCAAGUGCAUUAUCAUUUAUGUUGGAGAAUUUGGGUAAACCAGUGAUAUUGACAGGUUCACAAAUCCCAUUUGCAGAGUUAAUUAAUGAUGCAAGAAGAAAUCUAUUGACUGCGAUUAUAUUUGCUGGUAAAGUUGAUUUACCAGAGGUUUGUGUAUUUUUCAAUAAUAAUCUAUUACGUGGUUGUAGAAGUCGUAAAGUUGAUUCAUGGAGUUUGGAUGCUUUCGAGUCACCCAACUGUCCACCAUUGGCAACAUUGGGUAUGGAGAUUAAUAUAAAUUAUGAUUUGGUGUUGAAUCAGCCAAAGGGCAGAUUCCGUGUACACGAAACCAUUAAUAAGAAUAUAGCAGUAUUGCAUCUAGUGCCUGGUUUCAGUGAUGAAACUUUCACAAAUCUAUUAGCUGAGCCAUUAGAAGGCUUGAUCUUGCAAUCCUACGGUUCUGGUAACGCACCUGCAAAGAAAAGUAGAUUCCUCGAAGCAAUCACUCUUGCUGUCAAACGUGGUGUCAUUGUUAUAGUUACUUCUCAAUGUUUACGUGGUUCUGUAAAUUUAAAACAAUAUGCAACCGGUAAAAGUUUAUUAGACGCUGGUGCAAUCAGUGGUUAUGAUAUGACUGUUGAAACUGCUGCCACUAAAUUAGGUUGGUUAUUAGGUUUAGGUAUACCAAAAGAACAAGUUAAAUCUUUAAUGGAAAUCGAUUUACGUGGUGAAUUAACAAGAAAAGCAACAAAAAGAAUAAAUUAA